CAACGCCAGAGUACGUUUUUUUAUCACCAAGUGCAAGCAUCUUUCAGUGUGGGACGACGCGUUUCGGAUUGGAAGUUAAAAUUUAUGUUUUUUCUCAGGUGUUUCUGAUAGGCACAUUACUUGUAACAUUUUUUGGCCACGUCAUCUUGAGAUAUGGGAUCAGUUGUGAGGAACAUACUACUUCUUAUCGUGCUUUGGAUCUCAUGUGUAUAUGGUGAUAGUCGAUAUCUUAUAAAAGAAUAUGCUGAUGGAAAACAUUUUUGGGGUAAAAAUUUUACGGUCAUGGAAGGCAAAAACGUUACAUUUUCUUGUGGGUCUAAAUCGCAAAAGCGUCAUAAGGACAUUUCAUGGUUCGCAUCUGUAGAAGAAAGAAAAAUUGCUGGUACAAUGUACAAACAGUUGGACAUCAUUAAGAGACGUUUUGGACAAAAAGCGGUCCUCAUACGUGGUGGGCGAUAUUACAGCGGUCGACCUGAAGUAAUUCCCAACACAUUCGAUAUCAAGUUGAACAACAUAAGUAGAUACAUAGCUGGGCGAUACAAAUGUUUGGUAAUAUCGUUGAUGUGCAAUACGACUUACGCAGAAUUGACAGACCACAUUGUCAUUGUGAAAUCAAAACCAAAGAUUGAGUCAAAAAUGAAACCAACAUGA